ACUCUAACGGCAAGUGCAUGGUCCACCAUGUUCAGGGACACAUUUACUUUCACCCCUUCGACACUCCGUUCGUUAGGGUUACGGAGAGAGUUGGAGAAUGAAAGGAGAGCUUUGAACAGGUCUCCCAGAAACAGGCAAACUGCUGCUCUCAGUCAAAGUGUAUUCAGGGAAUCGAGAACGUUGCCACAGCUCUCCAGCGAUUCUGCUGUCCGUGACGCUUUGUGCAAUGGGGAUCUGGACAAGAUCCGAGCCGUCUUCAAGAGCAAAGAGGCGGCCAACGCGACUAUACAGACAGUCAGCCAUGAGCUCAGCUGGUCGGCUGAGCUAGGUCUUUGGUCACUCAUCUCCAAACAGAAGCAGACGUCUGCACUUCAUAUCACUGCAGAGCGAGGGCACACAGCUUGUGUGAAGCACCUGUUAGGACAUGGUGCUGAUGUAAAUGCUGCCCCUGGAGGAGCAACUGCCUUGCAUACUGCCUGUGCCAAUGGACACACUGAAUGCUCCCAACUUUUGCUCAAUAUUGGUGCUAAUCCCAAUGCAAUCUCUGAAGAAGGGUAUGCUCCUUUGCACCUGUGCAACAGUCCCCAGACCUUUCUGUGUGCUAAACUCCUGCUGGAACAUAACGCCAGAGUUAAUCUGCAGACCAAAGACAGAGAGAAUACGCCACUUCACAUAGCUGCAAAACAUGGCUUAGACAAACACGUGGACCUUUACCUGAACUAUUGUGCCUACAAUCACAAGAAGAACCGAGAAGGUGAAACUGCACUAAAUACUGCCUGCUCAUACGCUGACAAGCCUGAGACUUUUGGCAGAUAUUACAGAGUCUGUAAAAUGCUGAUUAAUUGUGGAGCCAAUGUGAAAACUGCUGGGAAAAAAAAUCACACACCACUCCACAAUGCCUGUGGGAAUGGGCAUCCCGAUAUUGUAGAUCUUUUGCUGCUGCAUGGCGCCUCUGUAAAUGUCGAGAACUGUGCUGGCUACACGCCAAUGGACUGCAUUUUACAGGCUGUCGAAGAUCAUCUGGAACAGCAUCCUGAGCGAAUUGUCGUAGCUCUGUUGAAUCAUGGUGCAGGUCCAGUUGACCCUAAGAUGCUUAAACAAUGUGCAGUGUCUCCUUGGACAAUGGAAGCUCUGUUAAAUACCUAUGAGAGUAUUCCACUUUGUGACUCUUGGAUUGAGGCAGUACCCUUUGAUGUGUGGCAGAAAUAUCAAGUAUUCUAUGAAUCCAUUAUACAAAUGACCAACAAACCUCGUUCUCUACAACAUCUUGCACGUUGUGCCUUAAGGAACUAUCUUGGAACUAGAUGCCAUUCAGUCAUACCACAACUACAACUUCCAAAUAGCUUUGCAGAAUUUUUACUCUUGAAAUUUGAAGGUUAUAUCAAAUGAAAAAGUUUAGAAUACUUAGUUACUUUUUCUAGUUUUGUCGAAUGCGUCCUCCAGGUUACAUGCAACAACUCAAAUGUGUUCCUGUGUUUUACUUCGGAUUAUUUUUCACAAGCUGUCAAAUGUAUUAUGCUUAUUUAUUUGACAGUUUAACUAAUACGGGAAAACUUAACUUGUCAACUAUCGGAGAAAAAUGCCAAUUUUUCAGUGUUCUGGCAAGAGCCCACAUACAAUUCCCUUUCCCUUGGCAUGCCACUUGAGAGCAGCAGCUGCUGCCUAAUUAUAGUUUCAAAAAUAUUUAGCCUGCCAGUUUUCCUCCUCUGCUGAAGCAUUGAGUCUUUCCCUUGCUGUGUUUCAGUGACGUGGAUGCUAGUCACCAUCUGAUACCCCCCCCCCAAGUUUUUUUUAGUCAUUCAUGUGAUGUGGGCAACACUGGCAAGGUCAGCACUUAAUGCCAUCCCUAAAUGCCUUUGCGAAGACGGUCGUGAGCAGCUUUGAAUGACUAUGGUUCAUCUGGUGUUGAUACAUUCACGGUGUUGUUCCUAGAGAUUUCAAGACUUUUGAGCCAGUGACAGUGAAUGUAGUAUAUUUCUAAGUCAGGAUGUUAUGUGAUUUGGGAGAUGAACUUUCGGGUGAAGGUGAUCCCAUGUACCUGACUAGACAUUUCAUGGGAAUUUGAUACAAGAGAAUGGCUCUCUAAGCCAUUUCAGCAGGCAAAGAGUUACCUACACUGCUAUGAGUCUUAAGUCACAUUUAGGCCAGUUUGGGAAAAGAUGCCAGAUUUGUUUCCCAAAAGAAUGGGAGUGAACCAGAUGUUUUUGCAUAGUUGCAUGGUCACCACUACUAGUACCAGUUUUAUUAUUCCAGAGUUAGUUAAUUGGAUUUUAAAUUCUCCAGUGGCCAUGUUGUGAUUUAAACUCAUAUCUUCAGAUUGUUAGUCCACUACCAUAUGUCGGCAUUUCCUAGCAGCAUUCAUGCAACAUUUGUUCAUGUGUAAACUUUAUCAGUGAGAAUUAAAUUUAUGGCUUAACCUAAUUCAGUCCUUAGCCAGAUCUGACACAUACACAGAUGAGUUAUCUAAUAGUGGCCAUAAGAACUCAUGCUAUUUUCUUUCUUUCCCGAACUCAUGACUUUAACGUCAUAACGCAUUGCUGUCUUGAGAUCAAAUAACUCAGCAUAAAUUAGGAAUCCAAUGUGCCACUGCGACCGUCUCUCUUUUUUUCACUGCAGUGGUCAAGGUAAUGCUUUUUAAUUGACUAACGUGGUGAUAUGAAAGCUCUCACUAAGCAUAGUGAAAAAUAGAAGCAUCCACUACCAAUGUAUAUGAGAUGUUUAUACACUAAGUUCCUAAAAUAUUCAGAUACUCAUAUAAUAAACAUUGACUAAACUGAUUAGAUUGUGAUGCAAAAGGCUUCAGAACAAAAACAAAAUCCCGAUUUAAAGACAAGUAGUGCUAUGCUUAUUAUAGUGGUAGUAAUACAAGUUACCUUUUGUUUCAAUCAUUUUUAUUUGUAUUUAACACAAAGUAGACUUUGAAUUUAUGGCAAUAAGUGGGAAAUUUUAUACUUGUGAUUAGGAACCUCACUGGUCAUGAAUGAGGGUUUUCACAUUCAACUCCUGUAAUUACAGGGCUCAAUUUCCAUUUUGUUAGAAUAAGAGAGUCUUUAGCAGACAGUACUGUCUGCAUUACCCCACAUUAAUUAUGAAUAUCAGGUCCCAGACAGAAUUUCAUGUUUUAAGAUGAGGAUCCACUCCUAAAUUGCUGUUUAUCCAUGUUGAAUAGUCCCAAAAACAUGAAAAGGCUUGGCCUGCUUUGUUCUGUUUCCUGAGGCUUCUUUGAUGUUCUGAAGAAAGGUCCUUGAUCUGAACUGUUUGUUGUUGUUUCUUUCUCCACAAAUGCUGACAGACCUCAUAAACAUAUUGAGCAUUUUCUGUUUUUAUUUACAACUGGUUCACUUUUGCUUAAUGCAGUAUGGAAGACUGGCUUCUGUUUUUGGUCAGGAUUUCUUUGUGCCCAGCCCUUUUUCUCAAGUUUUGACACCUAUUCAGAUAACUAAGGAAGAACAAGGUUCCUACUGAGCGUUCCAGUACUGUGGCAUGACUUAAGUGAGAAGUACCAACUCACAAUGACACAACUUCUUUAGCACAUAAACAAAUCAAGGUGGGAAACAGUCUAUUUGUUUUUCUGGUAGUAGAACAGCUGGCUUGCCCAGCUUUUUGGCUUGCAGCCAUCUAAUCUGGUCUAUAUGUUUUAUAGAGGAACACUUGCCUUGGGAAAUGUUAAUAAGAUGUUCUCUUCCAACUGCUGAAAUUUUGUGUUUGUUGCUUGAGGAAUAAUACAAUAAUACUGGGCAAAACUUUUCCUCAAAUCUAACAUCUUCAAGUUCUACAAAAUGACUCACUCCCAAUUAUCCAAUUUCUCCUAUGGGGAAUUGCUGUCACCGUGAAGCACUUCAAGAGAUCAUUAAUUAGGCAAGAACAAUGUUUUCAGCAAAAUAGGUAAACUCCUCAUGUUCCUUUCUGCAUGUGUUUUAUGGAAAGACAUCUUCAAUGGAAACACACAAAGAUUAAGAAAGCUUAUCCAAAUAACAUGUUCAAUGAUUCAAAUAAAGCAUGCAACCGAAACAGACAAGGUUAAAGAUUUCCAGCAAACCUUACGACCAGAAAUGUGAAAUCAGAUUGUGUUUCAGAACUGAAGUACUGAAUGGAAUAAAAACAGAAAAUGCUGGAAUAAACAUUACAUUGUUAUUAAA